AUGAAGUAUCAUGGAAGAAAUCUUAUUUUGCAAAGCACUACUGGCCAGUGUUUGUACGAUAUGUUUUUAGAAAUUACUUGCGACUACCAUAUUGAUUGGAAAAAAUGUAUCGCUAUUUGUAGCGAUGGCGCUAAAGCUAUGACUGGCAAAAAUAGCGAACUCAUUGCAAGAUUAAAAGCUAUAAUGCCAAACAUAUCCUGGACACACUGUUUUCUUCAUCGACAGGCUCUAGCUGCUAAGGUAGUAUCUUCUGAUUUAAAUGACGUGCUCACGGAGGUCAUAAAAAUUGUGAAUUCUAUCAAAGGUAAAGCUUUGCAAACCCGGCUAUUCAGAAACGUUUGUGAAGAUAUGGGCUCGCUUCAUCAAAAUCUCCUUUAUCACACAGAGGUCAGGUGGCUAUCCAAAGGAAAGGUAUUGACAAGAAUUCUGGAACUGAGAGCUGAAUUGUUAAUGUUCUUACAAGAUGCAAAAUCUGAAUAUGCUUCUCGUUUUUCUGACCCUAUUUGGCUCUUGAAAUUAGCAUUUUUGGCAGAUCUUUUUAGCCACCUUAACAAUUUGAACAAGAACCUUCAAGGAAGAGAAGAAAAUGUUUUAACAGCCAAAGAUAAAGUAAAAGCAUUUCACGUAAAACUUCGUUUGUGGUCAACCUCUCUGCAAAACAAAAUGUUCGAGUCUUUUCCAUGUGUUCAGAAGAUAAUUAAAGACAAUGAAACGGAUCAAAGUUUUGCAGUAUCGGCUCAUAUUUCUUGCAUGGUACUGAGCUUGCAUAAUUUACAAGAGAAACUUUUAACAUACUUUCCAGACUUGCACUCUGAAGCUGUCAAUGGGCGUAGAUGGAUUUUAAACCCUUUUUUGGACAAAUCAAUAGAUCUGGCUGAUGUCACCACAAAAAUGAAAGAAUGUCUUCUAGAUUAG